AUGUCGGAGAAAGAGGCUUUGCCCAACGGCAACGGCAGCCCGGCCGGCGCAACAGUCAGGUCCGACGAGCCCGAGGAGAACAUCUUCAUGUUCAUCCCCAACCAGAUUGGCUAUGCGCGCGUCGUGCUCGCCGUCGCGUCGCUCUACUACAUGCCGCUGCACCCGCGCACCUGCUCGCUGCUGUAUAGCGUGUCGUGCCUGCUCGACGCGCUGGACGGCUUGGCCGCGCGCCAUUUCCAGCAGAGCACCAAGUUCGGCGCCGUCUUGGACAUGGUGACGGAUCGCUGCACCACGGCCUGUUUGCUUGUCUUCCUUGCGAGCGCUUUCCCUCGCUGGUCCAUCCUCUUCCAGGGUCUCAUCUCGCUCGACCUUGCUAGCCACUACAUGCACAUGUACGCGACGCUGAGCAUGGGCGGCGCGGGCCAGAGCCACAAGAAGAUCGAUGAGAGCAGGAGCUGGGUGCUGAAGAUGUACUACUCGAGCAACAAAGUCCUGUUCACGCUCUGCGCGCUCAACGAGCUCUUCUUCAUCGCGCUGUACCUCCUCUCGUUCAGCUCGCCGCUGCUGACGCCCUCGCUGCUGCAACCCGCGCCCUCGACGCUGCAGCCCGGCACCCCCGCCGCGCCCAAGCCGUCCGUCCUCUUCACGAGCCCCUGGUCCGCCGGCGCCAUGGAGAUGGCCCGCGCCAAUAAGAUGGACAGCACCGUCCCGUGGGUCCUGGCCGCCGUCAGCUUCCCGGGCAUGGCUCUCAAGCAGUUCAUCAACGUGGUGCAGAUGGUCAAGGCCAGCAAGUGGCUCGCGGAGGGUGAUAUCAUGGAGAGGAAGAGGCUCGGACUGCCCAAGAAGAAGAGCACGUAG